AUGGGGCCAAGCAUUCCACGCUUAGACCACUUGCACUUCAGGGGCUAUUUCCCACCCACCUCCUGGAACACGGUUCCACCCCAUGGAACCACCGACAUUUCGGCGCUGUGCUUGGUGACCACACGGUCACCCACACCAACGGGUUUGGCCGAAGCUGGCCUCCCCCACACAGGAAGCAAAAAAAAGGGCCAGGUUAAGGCAACCUUGGGGUCAGUAAGUCUUGAAAGACCGAAGGGAGGCCAAGCAACAUGUUCUUGGACUUAUGACGCUUCGACUCACUCACAUGGACGUGGCAAACCUCCCCGUGCUUCGUAA